CUGACUGGCUGCCGUACAGCUGAGAUCUGUGCAUUGGGAAAGGCAAAGGUCUGCUAAUUUUUCAAUUAUUCCUUCUGGAUUUUCCUCUCAUGUCAUCCCAUGAUGCUUUGCUGAGAGUGAAGAAAUAUUCCUUCUUUGAUCAGACGUCUGAGGUGACCGUAAUCAACCAACUCUCAUUUCUAAGGCAUUCCUGUGAAUACAUAACAUUGGAUUCAGAACGUAGAACCCAAACUUUACUUUCUCCCCAUAUGUUGCCGAAUCCCUAUGCUUAAAGGAUUUUUACGAACAUGCUCAAGUUAUGUGUACUUAAGUAUGCAUGAUCCUCACCUCUUUGUAGCCAGCAAGCACCCUUACAAUCGACUGUUGCAUUCUUGGAAGCUCUCAUCUGUCACAGUUGAUUUCCCCCUUCAGCUGGACCUUUCUUUGAACACAGAACCUAAGAAUGUGUCUUCUGGACUUUAUGUUUUAAUGCCAUCUGAAAAGUUAUUUGAUCUUCACAAUUACAAUGUGUACUACUACAGAGUACUUUCCCCAGAGAGUUCUAACUUUCUCAAAAAGAAAUAACUGUUCUGUAGAAACAUUACAUUUAUUUUGUAGCAGUUGCCAAGACAGCUAACAUUAAUUCCUCUAUUUUUCCUGUUUUUGUCUAGCUGGUCAUGUGCUCUAAGGCCAUGCUUUUGUUACUAACAUGGCUUGUGUUGCUUUCUUUGGUUAAAAAUGGAGACAGUUAUGCAGUGCAAGGCUGUGAUAUACAUGGGCGGGAAUACCCGAAGGUCCUAUGCUACAAACGGGGUUUAACUCGUGUCCCUGAAAAACUACCCGAGAGAACUGUGAACCUUGACAUCUCGUACAACAAAAUUCAAGUAAUAGAGGCUAAAAACUUCAACAAUCUUACAUUAUUGCAUGAAAUGAACAUUUCAAGUAAUCAAAUAAGCUUCAUUGGUAUUGGUACAUUUCAGAACUUGCCCGCACUAAGACACUUGAACUUGAGCAGCAAUAGAAUAGAGUCACUAAUAAGCGGCAUGUUUGAUGGUCUUCAGAAUAUCACCACAUUGUUGUUGAAUGAUAACCACAUAGCAACUAUAGAUGCAAAUGCAUUUUUUGGGUUGCCAAACCUUAAAGUUCUUGGUCUUUCAUCUAACCGCCUUUAUACAUUAAAAGCUUUGGGUACUGCCUUUAAAGUAUGGAGAUUAGAGGAAAUAUAUAUUGCAAACAAUAGCUUACAGCAUUUUGCAACCAGUGACUUGUCAAACAUUUCAACCAACCUACAUUCUAUUGUUGCUUCCACUAAUCCAUUUUCUGCUGUUAAUAUAGUGACUGGUAUCUUACAGAACAUUAGUUACCUGGACUUAUCAUUCACCCAGAAAACAGUCUUAUGGAAUCUUACCGAGCCAUGCUUCUUGAGUGGGUUAAAGCGGUUAAAUCUGGAAGGAAUGAACCUACCACCAGCUGCUGUGUCCAACAUUAUACAAAGUCUUACUUGCACCUCUCUGGAAGAAAUUAACUUAGGUAAUUUAAAUCUGACAGACUCGGAUCUUCUUAUUCAAGAAUUAUGUCAGCAUCACCCAAAACUAAAAGUUAUCCUCCUCCAUGGUAAUAAGUACAGAGAAUUUAAGGAUACUUUUCAAAACUGUACCCAACUAGUAGAGUUGGAUAUAUCCCAAAACAUGUUCCAACAUGUUUCAACAUCCACUUUUGAACAUCUUGGUGUUCUCCAACAGCUGUCUAUAGCCAAUAACAAGUUAACUUCCAUACCAAAUGAUCUGUCUCACAUGAGUGCAUUGAACAAAAUGAACCUUAGCAACAACCAUCUAUCAGAAGUGUUUUUAAACAAUUCCAAGUCAUAUGACAAACUGAAGAGUCUUGAUUUAUCUGGAAACAAAAUUACAGUGUUCUAUUCCUCAUUUCUAGGUAAUUGGUCUCUGCAAGACCUGAACCUAGGUGACAACCAGCUUUUGGAUAUCUCUGGCUCUUUUCAAGGCAGUCUGAAAAAACUGGAAGUAUUGUGGCUGCGGAAAAAUAAAUUAAGUUCUCUUUCAUCUGAUACUUUUCAAAAUUUGGUAUCUCUCAAAUUUCUAAAUCUGAUCGACAAUCAGUUAGAAGAAAUAGAGACUGGAUCCUUUAAUGGUCUUGAAAACUUGCAAACCUUACUCCUUGGUAGCAACAAGUUGACACAAAAGUCUUUAAAGAAACCUAUUUUUCAAGGCCUGAAAUCUCUUUCUGAACUCCAGCUUUUUAACAACAACCUAAACUAUGAGUCUUCUACAAAUCUAGAAUUUCCACCAUUUCAGGCACUUACAUCUUUAAAAUUACUAACCCUCAACAGCCAGGCCCAUAAUGGCAUGGAAAAUAUACCUGCUAAUUACUUUGAUGGCUUAGUUUCUUUGCGAAAGCUCCAUGCUGGCAAUACAGCUGUAAAAAACUUUGACCCAGCAACAUUUACAUACACUCCUGGCCUACAAGAACUGGAUAUGAGUAACAAUCAUAUUCUAGAUAUAGAUCCAAGAUUGUUAGAACACCUAUGUAACUUGACUGAACUCCAUAUCAACCAAAAUAAUCUUGGUUCACUGAACUUUCUGAAGGCAGCUAAUUAUUCCAAGCUCAUUCUUCUAAGGGCUGUAGGAAACCAACUUAACACAUUCACUUCUGACCAACUGAAUUUCUUACCUGCUCUUGAAUUUCUAGAUCUUCGCAGCAACCCUUUGACUUGCAGUUGUGAAAACAGGUGGUUUAUAAACUGGGUAGAGACUGAUCGAAAAACCCAAGUGUUGUACUUCUACGAGUAUGAAUGUGCUUAUCCUCCAUCCCGUAAGGGUGAAAAACUGUUCACUUUCAAUACUGAAGCCUGUACACUGCACAUUGAUUACAUUUUAUUUCUCACCACAUGUCUUUUGAUAAGCAACAUGAUGGUAAUUUUGACAUUAUGGAAAUUUUGGAGAUGGCAAGUGCUUUACAGCUAUUACGUUUUCCUGGGAUUUUUAUACGACCGGAAGCAUCAUCAAAAGAAAUAUAACUACCAAUAUGAUGCCUUUAUCUCCUACAAUAGUCACGAUGAAGAGUGGGUUUUUAACCAACUUGUUCCAAACCUCGAAGAAACGUACAAGUGGAAACUUUGCCUACAUCAUCGAGAUUUUGAACCUGGAAAGCCCAUAAUUGAUAAUAUAAUAGACAGUAUUUACAGCAGCCGGAAAACAAUCUGCAUCAUCAGCAGUCACUACUUAGAGAGUGAAUGGUGUUCAAAAGAAAUCCAGGUGGCAAGUUACCGUCUGUUUGAUGAUCAUGCUGAUGUUCUUAUCUUGUUGUUUCUGGAGGAUAUACCUAAUAACAGACUUUCUCCUUAUCACCAGAUGAGGAAACUUAUAAAAAAGAAGACAUAUCUCAUUUGGCCAAAGAACCUAAAUGCUUGUCCUCUUUUCUGGUUCAAGGUAAAUCAGGCCUUAGAAAAUAAAACAAAUGAAGAGGAUGAAAACAGCCCAUUGGCAGCAUUAUGCACAUAAAAUGAAUGGUAGAAAUGUUGUUUAAAUUAAAUAUUCAGAUACAAUGAAGGAUAUAUCAGAUCAUGGUCUAGAAGUAAGUGGGUUGAAUAUAUAUCAAAUCAGCUUCUAUGAACGCAAAGUAGACUAAGGGACCUUUUCCAUUAUUAAACAAAAAAAGUUUUGCACAUACAAUCACAAACCUCACUGUAGGUGAGCACUGUAAUGACCAUCAAAGUGUCACGCCAUCUGCCAAUGACUAAAUGAGUCCAAAACUUGAGCUUUUUGGCUCAAAGCAAAAAAAGACAUAGAAAAAUAUGUGUUUUUUUUUCAUCAUAAGACACUUCAAACCAAUUAACCCUUAAA